AUGUCGCAGCUAAGUAAGAAUCUGGGUGAUGCCAGUCCCCCGGCCGAGGCGCCCAAGCCUCCGGUCUACAGCCGCCCCACCGUCCUGAUGCGCGCCCCGCCCGCCUCCUCCCGGGCGCCGCCGGUCCCCUGGGACCCACCUCCGAUGGAUCUGCAGGCGUCGCUGGCCGCCUGGCAGGCACCGCAGCCCGCCUGGGAGAGCCCGCAGGUCCAGCCGCCCGCCCCGGUGGCUGCGCUGGCUCAGCCUCCUGCCCUCGGGGGUCCCCCGCUGGUCCAGGGGCCCCCGCUGGGAGGGCCGAUGGGCAAGCCCCCCACCACCGGGGUCUUGAUGAUCCAUCCGCCCCCUCCGGGAGCCCCGCUGGCGCAGCCUCCGACUCCGGGGGUCCUGAUGAUGCAUCCUUCGGCUCCCGGGGGGCCCCUGGCCCCUCCUCCCCCUCCCGGGACCCCGAUGGCGCCUCCUCCUCCUCCCGGGACCCCGAUGGUGCCGCCUCCCCCUCCCGGGACCCCGAUGGUGCCGCCUCCACCUCCCGGGACCCCGAUGGGGCAUCCGGCCCCUCCGGGGACCCCGAUGGCACAGCCGCCGGCUCCGGGAGUCCUGAUGGCGCAGCCUCUGACUCCCGGGGUCCUGAUGGUCCAACCUGCUGCUCCGGGAGCUCCGCUGGCCCAGCCGCCGCCCCCGGCAGCCUUGAUCGCCCAGCCGCCGCCUCCGGGAGCCCCGAUGGCCAAGCCUCCAGGUCCGGGAGUCCUGAUGAUUCAUCCGACGGCCGGGAGAGCUCCAAUCAACCAGCCGACGGCGUCUCCGGCCCCGAUGGCGCAGCCGAUGGCGCAGCCGACGGCCCCCCCUGCGCAGCCCCUGGCGUCCUGGGCCCCGCAGGCUCAGCCUCUGAUCCUGCAAAUCCAGUCGCAGGUUAUAAGGGCGCCUCCGCAGGUCCCCCAGGGCCCGCAGGCGCCGCCAGCCCAGCUGGCCACUCCCCCCGGCUGGCAGGCCGCCUCGCCGGGGUGGCAGGCUCCUGGGCAGGGCUGGCAGGCCACGCCCCUGGGCUGGCAGGCGGCGCAGGUCACCUGGCAGGCGCCCACCAUCGCCUGGCAGCCUCAGCCCCCGCUGCGCCAGGUGCCCCCGGCCAUCCGCCCGGGGCCCCCUCCCAUCCGCCCGGGACCCCCUCCCGUGCGCCAGGGGCCGCCUGCGAUCCGCCAGGCGCCGCCGCUGAUCCGCCAGGCGCCGCCGCCCAUCCGGCCUGCCCCCCAGGUCCUGAGCACCCCGCCGCCGCUCUGGCAGGCCCUGCCGCCCCCACCCCCUCUGCGGCAGGCCCCCCAGGCUCGGCUGCCCAGCCCGCAGCUGCGGGCGGCGCCCCCGAUGAGAGCGGCUCCGCAGGUGCGCCUGGCCCCACAGGUGCAGGUGGCCGGCCCGCAGGUGCCCACGGCGCCCCCUGCUGGCCCGCAGGUGUCCCAGGCUGCCCUGCCGGCCCCUCUGCCGGUCCCUCCCAUCCUCUGGGAGGCCCCCAAGGAGCAGGCUCCGGUGGCCCAGGAGAUGCCCACCUCGAUGGAGUUCCAGGAGGCGCCCCAGGCUCAGGCGCUGACCUGGCAGGCUCCCAAAGCCCCUGGGCAUUUCUGGCAGCCCCUGCCCGCCCAGGAGGCUCAGAGGCAGGGCCCCCCCCUCCUGCAGAUGGAGGAGCAGCCCUUUCCGGGGGCCCCGGCCUCCCAGAAGGCACUGCAAAUGCAGCUACCCCCCCAGCAGGCCCCGGCGCCGAGUGCGCAAGCAGAGCUGCCCGACAUGCAACUCCAGCCCUCCUGGCAGCAGGGCCCCCCGGCGGCCCUGCAGGGCCAGCCCGCAGCCCCCCUAGUGGCGGCAAAUUUUCCCGUGGGCCCUGUCAAAUCACUGCUGACUCCGUCGGGGGAAUCCAGGGCCUCGUCCAUAGACCGUAGGACCUCCUCGUCCAAGGAGCGCCGCACCUCCUCCCGGGAGCGCAGGGCCCCCUCCAAGGAGCGCAUGAUCUUCGCCGCCACCUUCUGCGCGCCCAAGGGGAUGGCGGCCCGCGCCCCGCCGGCCUGGAAGAGCCUGCCCGCCGCCCCGGAGACCUACGGGGCCGCCCCCAGGGGCUGCUUCCCGUCGACCUCCCAGUUCCAGCCGGCCUCGUCCGACGCCUUCAAGGUGCCCCCUGCCAUCCCGGAGGUCCCCAAGUCGCUGCCGCCGGCGCCCAAGGAUCCCUUCGCCUACGCCGAGGCCCUGCCCGCCGUGCCCUGGGUGCCCCAGCCCAACCCCAAUGCUCCCAGCGGGUCCAAGGCGGAGCCCACCAUGCUGAUGGCCACGGCGGCGGCCCCCCAGGCCAUGGCCUUCCCGCAGGAGGGUUCCAAGACCCCCGACGAGCCCCCCCGCCGCCCUGGGGGCAAGGCCACCCGGAAGAAGAAGCACCUCAACACCGAAGACGACGACGACUACUACGACGACGAAGACAACGGCCGCGGCCGCAUGCUGGCCAUGCGCAACUGGCAGCCCCCGCGGCGCUGGGCCGACGUGGACUAUGACGACUGGGAGGUGCUGGGGGACUGGGAGGACCCCAUCGCCGCCGCCCGCGACCUGAGCGGCUGGGAGGGGCCCAGCACCUCCCGGAUCCUGAGCGGCUGGGAGGGUCCCAGCACCUCCUGGGCCCUGAGCGCCUGGGAGGGCCCGGCCACCUCGAGGGCCCUGAGUCUGUGGGAAAACCCGGGGAACCCUCAGCCCCUGAUGCUUGCCGAGAUCGCCGGUGUGUCCCUGGGGGUGGGGACCAGCCAGGGGGAGCCCAGGGCGGAGGCGGGGCCCCUGUCUCCCUUGGAUGAGCGGGCCAACGCCUUGGUGCAGUUCCUCCUGGUCAAGGACGGAGGCAACGUGCCCAUCCGGCGGUCCGAGAUGGUGAAGUUCAUCAUCCGGGAGUACAAGGACCAGGCCCUGGACAUCAUCCAGCGCGCCAACCACAAGCUGGAGUGUGUCUUUGGGUACCAGCUGAAGGAGGUAGACCCCCAGACCCACUCUUACAUGAUCAUCAACAAGUUUGGGGGGGGCCCCGUGGCCACGCCGGCCCCCUGCCUGGAGAUCCCCAAGUUGGGCCUCCUGAUGGCCGUGCUGAGCCUGAUCUUUAUCAAAGGCAAUUGCAUCCGGGAAGACAUGCUCUAUAGCUUCCUGGACAAGCUGGGGCUGGAUGUCCGGGGCCAUCACGGCCUCCUGGGCAACAUAAAAAAGCUCAUCACCGAGGAGUUUGUCAGGCAGAAGUACCUCGAGUACAGGGAGGUCCCCAACACCCAGCCCACCGAGUACGAGUUCCUGUGGGGCCCCCGGGCGUUCAUGGAGAUCAGCAAGAUGCUUGUGCUGAAGUUCCUGGCCAAGCUCCAUAACAAAGAUCCCGAGUGCUGGCCGUUCCACUAUUUCGAGGCCCUGGCCGAGUGCGAGUCCGACGACGAGUGGGAUUACGAGGAGCUGGGUCCCUUCUACGGUCGCGCCGGGGGUCGCUACCGCAGGUCCCACCCCCGCUAA